UUCAAAAACUAUUGUGAAUAUUUAACUCGAUACUAAGCCUUUACAGGUUAUUACAGGUUAAUAAUGGUUAGAAAAAAAAACUCCUUAUAAUAUUCAUCAGCAUUUUCUUCCAUUCUGACCUUUAAUAAAAUAACUUCAUAAACUAACUAAGACUGAAAUAUCACUGGUUUCACCCGACUGGUUGAGACUGCCAUAAAAGGUAAAUCGUAAUAACAUCAGUUUCACACCAGUAAAGAAAUGUCACCACAGUGUCUGAAACACAGGAGCUUUUACGUUUCUAUUUUAUAAGAACAUGCAGCAGUGAAGUUGUAGCAGUGGUGAUAAGCAACACUACAAUUGUGAUUGUGAAUUGUAAAAUCUCCAUUAGUGAAUGAGCCGACAAAAUCAUCCAAAUAAGGCCUUUCUCAACAAAGUUAUUGGCUAUUAUUAUGUGAUUCUUAAGUACAGUAAAUGUGAACUUUACUUUCUAAAUGUAUCAGGAGUGAUUAAUAGGUUGUAAUAUGUUCACAUAACAUCAACCAUUUAAUAGGUUUCCCUAUUUAAUUCAUUUAUAAAACCUGGUGCUCUGGGAUUUCUGAAAGGAGGAAGAGUCCAGCUCUCCCUUCAAUGCAGUGACAUGAAAAAUAGUAAAUUAAAAAAAGAAAAGAAAAAAAAAAAGGCCAAUCAGAGCUGGGCAUGAUUCACAAUGCUUACACUUUUCAUGAAAACCAAAGCACUGGAAGAAACCAGUUAAAAGGUUAAGUGGAAGUGGAGAAGGAUGAGAAAUCCAUGUGCAUUAUGCAAUAAUCUAAUAUUGUACAAUAACAUCUGAAUAUUACUGUAAUAAUAUCCGAAUAUUACUGUUUCAUCUGAACCAACUAUGUGACAUUUUAGAUACUUCCACUUCAGGGGUUAUUAAUGUUAUUAAAGUCACAAUGUAACAGAAAUAGCAUCAUAUUUUCAUCUGUAUUGUGACAGAGUAAAAUACAUGAUCUAAAAUGUAGGAUGGAGCUUGGUUCUAUAAACUGGUUGUCGAUUGUAUAUUGAGAUGUAGACAUUGCACUUAAAUGAAUGCAAGCUUCAGGUGGAUUAUUAGAAAGGGACAGGGUUUAAGAAGACUAAAUGAUCUGAGAAAUUGGUUUCACCUGAAGAUUGAUGACAUUUUAUUGAACACUGUGGCCCAAAACAUAUGCACGGUUUGCACAGAAUAUGCAUAGCAGAGUUCACAAUAACCUCUAAACUCCUCUUCUUUUUUUUUGCCAGGACAUUAUCCAUUAACCAACUAAUUUUACUGACAUUCCAUUAAACCUAAAACACAACAAAAGCCUAAAAUAUUAAUUCUGUACAUUGUUCCUUAUUUUUAGUGUGCAAAUAUGCAUUUAGAAAACUGAUGACGUGAAAUUCAUUUCAUGCAGACUACAAGGCGACUUGAUGAUUAUAAACAUGUUAAUGUCGGUUAUUUGCGGAAAACGUAUGUAACUUACAGUAAAAAUCUGUAAAAGGAGAAGCGAAAAUGAAAAAAAUAAAAUAAAUAAAUUAUGCAUGGUUCUCAUAUCCAAGGAAUUCGAAAAUUACCAUUUAUUCCGAAACUUUGACGGGCAGAUAACUUUAAUAAAAGGAAGCGAUAACCAUUACCAUACAGGUUCAUUAAAUCGCGGGAAACUAUUUGCAGACAUUAAAAAUCUAUUAAAAAAAAAGAAAAAAAAGAAAAAAAAAGACAGAAAACAGUAUUUUUUUGGUAUAAGAUCAGAGCAUGAACGGGAAAGCGCGAAGGCAUAUGAAAAUUACUUUCAAAAUUUCUAUAGUUAGCGCAAACAAAGCAGUGUACUAUAAUGAAUAUGGUCUCCUAUGUUAGAUUAGAGUGAAUAACGCAACGCGAAUAGAAUGAAUCGACUUGCGCAGUUUUCAGCGCGUUGCCGCACACCAGCACCCCUCACUGGGCACUUUAACCGUUCAAUGUGGUCAAAAUCGCAGUUUUUACCAUGUGCCUGAGUAAACACUACAUGUAUGAAAUGAAUGCAAUUACUGGAUUAUAAUGCAUGCGCGCCGUAUUUGUCGCGUCGCGUGUGUGGGUGAACGGUUAGCCUAGCAUAGCUGGCUAGCUAACAAGAGCCGCAAACAAAAACACCGCAAACUACGUUUGCAUGUGGGCUCUGUACAAUGCAUCUGAGCAGGGCUGACUGCAGAUUCGUACCUUGUUCCUCCAUGAUGGCUUUAUGGCAAGCCCUAGCCUUGCUUGUAAUUUGUGGACUUACUGAGUGCAGUGUUGCUUUGAGAAGAAAUGCUACCGCUUCUGUAUCUCGACCGACCACAUUUCCUCUCACAUCACUGUUUGCAGAUGAUGGCGUGUGCAGCGUGACCUGUACCACAGACUUCAUCUCCACGCUGAACUGCUCUAAUUCUGACUCGGCAGGAGCAGCUUCGUGUCUCGUUGAGGCUGAUUGCAGGGAUGAAUAUUUUUCGACGAAUGGGAGCUGCAGUAUCAAAUCCCCACAAUCCUGGUGCACAAUGGAGCCAGACGAUGUGGAUUUUAUUAUGUCCUAUGAUACUACCUGCUCUAUCGUAGUAACACAAAUGGCCAAACAAGGCAACAUGGAGAUCCCUGCAAAGAGUCACUCUGAAACAAUACUUUUAUACAAAUUUGUUAAGCCAAAACAACCUUUCAACUUAAAUAUACAAAAAAUUGAUGAUGCUUUCAACCUCACUUGGGAUGUGGCUUAUACGGGUGACGAUCUGUGUACAAAAUUAUACUACAGAGUACGAUUACGAUCUAAAAGUGACCCAGAUGAGAUGGCGAAAAUUUUCCCGCUGCAGCAGAACCAACAAUCAAUGGUUAUCAUCAGUAAAAAGCUCCUGCCAGGAAGGCAGUAUGUGGCAGACGUUCAGGUUGCUGUGGAUCCAAAAUGGUUCACAUCUAUGUGGAGUGAAUGGAGCAACAGUGUUGAAUGGACAUCUGAUUCUGAACACCCAGAGUCAGAACAGUACUAUUUCCUGCUGUUGGCACUUCCUGUUUUGGUGGUGGUGCUACUUGUGUCCAGUGUGAAAUUAGGGGGCAUCAAAAAGCUAUCCUUAUGGCAACACAUCCCAAGCCCUCAUGAGUACUUCACACCACUCUACCAUACAUAUCAAGGAGACUUUAAGAAAUGGGUAGGACCAGUCCUGACUUUCAACAGCUUUGAUGUCCUUGAGAAGAGCACCACUUUGCAGGUGCUUUGUGAGAAGCAGCAGAAUGAAAGCUCAGAGGAACCUGCUAACAGUGGUCCAGUGGGUCAAAACUCAUCUAAACUCUACUUCCUUGGAGGCAACAGUCAGAGCAUCGCACACUCCAGCGGCCACAUAUCGAUGGACACCGUUACAGUGUCCGGUCAGGAGGGUGUCGUGGCCGACUGGUCCGGUGACAGCCACAGACUAAGCCUAGAGGACUUCCUCAACGACAAAGACGCCAAUCAGAGACCGGCUGAGAUCGAUGCAAGGCAGCCUCUUAUACCUGACGGCAGGAGGAGUUUACAGGGUUCAGACUGUGAUGACUGGCAUCUACAGGAGCACGACCUGGAGAACAUUGAGCAGGUCUCGCUGGACUCCUACGUUUCUAAUGAGCAGUCCGAUGAUGGUUACCCACAAAUGGGAUUGGAUUUGGACACCAUAGACAGUGGAUUUCAGGAGUCAGACUGUUCCAGCCCCUCAGCAUUUGAUGGGAACGAGCAAAUAGACACUUCAUCACUGGAUGGCGUGGGUCGCUCCCAUUCAAAUUAUGUCAAACAGUGGGUGACUUUUACAUCAGUUCAAGUUGAUGCCCACAGCACUGGAAACUAGCUGUUCAUGGGUACUUCGAUUGCUACAUCAAACUAAAUCAAUCACAACUGAAUAAUGAACAAUAGAAAGUGGAAGCAUCUACAAAAUGUAUGAAGACCUCACUGGUUGCACCUAACUUGCUCACAGUUUUUUUGUUACACUGAACUGUAUUUGUGGCAUAAUGGACAUAACAUAAAUAGACUCAUUAGACAUCAGCUGUGCGGUUGUUCACAGGACAUUGGUCUACUGUAUAUUAAGACUGCAGGACAGUAUGUAUGGCCUUAUCUCAAUUUGCAAACUAUCAUUCCUUUAGGCCUAUAGACAUUGGUCAGGGUAGCGCCAUAUUUCAUAUUUUACAGGAUGAGUAGUGAGAGACUGAAGUACAGUGCUUUCAAAGGAUUGUACUGUUUUUUAACAAUUUAACAAUUGUUCAGCCAACGAAACAUCUUAACGGAAAAAUCUAAGUUAACCAAAACUUUAUAAAACCGUUUUCAAAUUUGUGAGUAGUGCUGUCAACUGAUCAUUCACAAUUAAUCGCAUCCAAAGCAAAAGUUUUUGUUUACAUAUAAUAUGUGAGUGUACUGUGUAUAUUUAUCAUGCUUGUAUAUUUUUAAGAAAAAUAUGUUUUACUUAUAUAUAAAAUAUAAAUGUUUAUAUACGGGUACAUCUCAAUAAAGUAGAAUGUUGUGGAAAA